AUGGAGGAGUUAGCCCGAGAGAGCAUCAGCCUGCUGGCCUCAGCCUCAGCCAAGCCGCCGCUGGACGUGGGCUCCGGCCCGCGGCUCGGCUCCGUGGGGGCCAUCUUCAUCAUGCUGAAGUCCGCCCUGGGCGCCGGGCUCCUCAACUUCCCCUGGGCCUUCGAGAGAGCCGGGAGCAUCCGCAGCGCCGUCACCGUGGAGCUGGUGUCCCUCGUCUUCCUCAUCAGUGGGCUCAUCAUCCUGGGCUACUCCUCCUCCAUCAGCGGCCAGUGCACGUACCAGGCGGUGGUGAAGGAGGUGUGCGGGCCGGCCAUCGGUCAACUGUGUGAGAUCUGCUUCGUCUUCAACCUGUUCAUAAUCUCCGUGGCCUUCCUGGUCAUCGUGGACGACCAGCUGGAGAAACUGUGCGGCUCCAUGUAUGAGCUGAUAACUGGUUUGCCGGAGUCCGACUUGCCGCAUCACUUCUACACAAACCAGCGCUUUGCUCUGGUGUUGCUCUGCGUCCUCCUCAUCCUCCCACUGUCCAUCCCCAAAGAGAUCAGCAUCCAGAAAUACAUCAGUGGCCUCGGCACUCUGGCUGCGACCUACCUGACUGUGGCCAUCAUCGUCAAGUACCACACCACGCCGUCUGUCCAGGUUCACAUCGCCCCCCUCUACAGCAGCGGGAUCAGCUCCUGGGCCUCCAUGUUCAGUGUCAUCCCCACCAUCUGCUUCGGCUUCCAAUGCCACGAGGCGUCCAUCGCCAUCUACAGCAGCAUGGAGAACCAGCGGCUCUCUCACUGGGUCUUCAUCUCCGUCAUCUCCAUGAUCUUCUGCCUCGUCAUCUAUUCCCUCACAGGGGUUUAUGGGUACCUGACAUUCGGGAAGGACGUGAAGUCGGACAUCCUGAUGUCGUACAAGGGCGACGACAUCCUGAUGCUCAUCGCCAGGCUGCUGUUCGGAAUCUCCAUCAUCACCAUCUAUCCCAUCAUCCUGCUGCUGGGCAGAUCCGUGAUCCAGGACCCCCUGCUGAGCUGGCGGCGGCGGCGUUACGGCGUGGUGACGGUGAAGUUUGAAAGCCGCAGCCGCUACGCGCUGACAGUCCUGUGGAUCACCGUGACGCUGAUCAUCGCCGUCUUCGUGCCAGACAUCAGCAAGGUCAUCAGUGUCAUCGGAGGCAUCAGCGCCUUCUUCAUCUUCAUCUUCCCAGGACUGUGUUUGAUGUUCGCCAUGCAGUCGGAGCCCGUGUCCCUGAAGACCAGAGUCGUCCUCACGCUUUGGGGCGUCGUGACGUUGAUCUGCGGAGCCUUCAUCUUCGGCCAGAGCAGCACCAUCGCCGUCAUGCAGUUCCUCGGGAAGAUCUGA